CAAACCCAUUCGAACUGACCGGUUGCAUGGUUCAAAACAAAUCCCCUGAAAAUGAGCAUAAUUGGAUCAAAUCAAUCGAUUAUUCGAUUCUGAACUCUGAAGAACUGAAGGCUGAGGGAAACAGCGAAACCCUAGCCUUCAUCGGUUUUUCCCACUUCAGUUGAAUCAGUUCAGUCAUCAUUAGUGACUUCAUCUUCUCUUCGCCAGUUUGCCUCUCUCACCGUCUUUGUAGUCUGUUGAAUUGAUCAUUCAUCGAGCAGAGGAGGGUCGAGCGUCCUCUUCUCCUUCGAGCAUCACAAGAUUGCAACAGGUUCGAACUUCCACUUCUCCUUCUAUCUUUUCUCUGCUUCCCCUCGUCCAGACGCAGUAGAGCGACGACCCGAGAGCGGAUUCCUCACCGGUAGAGGGACAGGAGACGGCCAUCUCGAGGCACAUCAACUUCUGAAAUGAUAGGGGGGCAGAGUCCAGACGCAGCAGGACAAUAGAGAUUGACCUUUGCAGGCACGGCAAGUGUCCAGACGCACGGCACGACAGCUCCGAAAAGGCAGAGUCCAGACGCACGACACGACAGCUCCUGAAAGGCAGAGUCCAGACGCAUGGCACGGCAGCUCCCGAAACGGCAGGAGGCACAUCUUAACCUUUACAGGCAAGGCACGGUGCGUGACCUCGUGGAGGCAUCGAAGAUAUACACUACACUCUAUAAUGUACUUGACCGCGAUGUUGCAAACAGAACGGUGAAAACCCAAGGAAGCCAUACUAGAAAUCUAUGCAGAGUUAGGCAGGGCCUCGACCUCAUCAGGGCUUUGUUCGAGCAGUUCUUGUCUUCCAAAUGUCAUCGAGAGCUAAAUGGACCUCCAAUUGAAUUUCACCGAUCGUGCAGUCGAUGACUCUUCUUCUUCGAUCUUGUAAAGCUCGUUCAGUAACCCCUGCUAGAGGAGCUGGGAUGGAGGAGAUGAAGACUUGCUUCAGGGACAUAUUUGCGUCGAAAUCGUGGAACAGGCGGACUAGGUGCUUAAAAUGGAAGUCCAUGUGCUUCUUCUUAUAGGAGAAACAUCUCAUUUCAAAUAACUCUAUUCUUUUGAGUUCUUUGAGAUCGUCAGGGUUCUUAAUGAAUGCCGCAUGCAUUAAUGUGAUAACUUCAAUGGGAUUUUGACAGAGGAAAAAGACUCGGUUUUGUU